CUCACAAGCCGACCGGCGAUCGACCGAGACAUUGUGCGCUCGCGCAUUCGAUAUAUUAUUCUAUUUUCGAAUUUAAAUUUAACAAAAUAACCGUUUAUAACAGUGCAAAGAUAAUAGCAGUGAAAACGUUUUUUACCGUAGAUUUUGGGCAUUGUGUUCAAAAAUAAGUUUGCCUUUUUUGUAACUUUAAAAUACUUUACGUACAUAGUUUCUAAACGACUAAAACAGAAUAUUUUGAAUUACUUAGAAUUUCAGAUGACAUUAUUAUCAAGAUGACAAGAAAGUUUUUGUUUUGUUUUCCACUUCGCGUGGGAAACGUUGUCUUCGGAUUCAUUGUUAUUAUAAUAGCUGUAGCGGUAUUGGCGUUCAGUCUAUUCGAAUUGGCAGAUAACCUGGUGAAUGGCUACAGGGACGACACGAGGUUCCGUGACUUCCAGAACCUUGAAAAAAUCUUCGGUUCCGACCGUGACAUAUUAGUGACAUACACUAUUAUUGUAUAUUACAUGUCCUACAUAAUUGUGUCUCUAUUAUUGCUUUUGUUCAGUAUUUUACUCGCCUGUGGUGCUUGGAAGGCCAAUUCCUGUUUAGUGAGUACAUUCUUCGUGUAUAGUUUCUUCCAUCUGUUCCUUACAAUAGGACUUAUUGUGUGGGAGGCUUUAACAGCUGGCUGGAUACAACUCGGGCUGAUUUUGCUCUCAGAUGUGCUCCUCAUUGUUUGCUUGUUCGGCGUCAAAUAUCUGAUGGAAGCCAUCCGAACAGGGAACAUCUACAGUCGACCCGGAGAAAUUUAUGAUAAGUACUAAAGAGAAACGAUACAAGACUAAUAAAACACACAAUCGAAGAAACUUUGCCAAAAUUACAUUUUCUCGCUAUGAAAUUCUAAAAUUUCAUUACUAUUUUGAAUGAAACACGAGUUUAGUUAAGAAAUAUUUAUUUUAAUUAAAAUAAAAUAACUUAAUAA